AUGGAAAAUAUUGCAGCGAAAGAUGUAGUGGGCCUAGACGGCAUCUUAGCUUAUGCUGGACGGCUUUCUUUCGUUUUUCAUAAAUAUCGACUGCUCUCUACAGAGAAUGAGCACCUUAUACCUAGUGUUGUUGAAGAACAUAUUAGCCUUCUCAGUUCCACCAUUGGUACGCUCAACGAAGUGCUUGGCCUUCUGAAACGAGAAGACGCGGGUAAAUCCCUGAAUCACGUCUUUAGCGAUAAUGGCCUUCAAUUUGUGAAUUUGCUGGUAGGAGAGUGCGCAAAGGUCUUGGGCAAGAUUGCUCCUACGGCCACAAAAGCUGCUCAGAAGGUGGAGCGAAAGAAGAACGGAAAAAUAGCGAAGAAAGCCAAAGAGAAUAUCAUUGCGCCUGUGGUGCCAACGCAAUUGAAGCUCGACGAGGAGAAGUUCUUAAAUGACCUCGAGACUGCAGUGUGGUAUCGUGUAGACAACGAUACCUAUGCCUACCUAGAGCGGUUCAAAAAGAUCCAAUUGCAUCUUCUCUUGGUAUACCAAGUUGUUACUGUUGGCUCGCUUCUAGGAGAUCUAUCUUCUGGAAAAGUCGAUAUCGAAAAGAUCGUGCUCUAUCACGAACGUAUCAACCGCACCUUCGAUCUAGUUUGUAGAUCUUCACCAGGUCGGCGUCGAAACUUUUGUUCCAGCAGUAGCUCUGCGUAUACACUGAGUGGUUCGGAUACUGAUAUCGAUGUUAGCUCGAUGAUUUCUAGGAUAGGACGAAACUCACGCCCGAAUUUCGCUACACACUGCCCUCCGCCCCCUCCGCCCUUUCCACCUGUUGACAGAUGUCUUCCUCAGCCCGCAUUGAGGGUUGUAAGAGCUACCCCACCCCCUGGCAUGGCAUUCAUGCCAAGACCGCCGACCCCAAAUUCUACGUCUUCCCCAAGAUUUAUUAAUCUAAAUACCAACCCCCCCUCAUACGAGAGCCACAGAGGUUCCACUACGCCGCCAUUGAAGCAAGCAUUGCCAUUAACACAUCCCCCAACAUCUCCACGAAUACUAUCGGAUGAGAAAGGCGAGGAAAACAAGGCACAUUCAGUAACAAAGAAGGAGGAGGAGGAAGUAGUGAACAACAACACGGAGCCCCGAGCACCAGAAGGCCAACUCUUCAAUUCUCCCCACAACCGCCUUAGCUUCAAGAUCAGAAGCCUCUUUCGAAGCAAGGAGUCUCUUGCUGCUGAGAUGAAGAAAGUCUUGGAAAGUACUUCAAGCGUACUCGACGCUUUUCUCAUUCAAGGUUAUGAUGUUAGGCCAAUCCCCCACUCAGCAUUUCACAGCCUGGAAACUACGCACAUGCGUACGAUUCUGAGCCAAUUGAAUGACAAUAGCUGGCUUGAGACUUUCAGCAACUUGACAAGAGUUGAACAUAGCACACUUGGUAUCGCUCUAUGUCCUUGUGGGCAGACAAAAUCGCGUCGAGAGGUAGUGGUGCUUAAGGUUCUACAAGAGAAUAAAAACAAUUUGUGGAUGCGUCUCAUUGCCAAUAAGUCUGUCACUCCUAUCUUACCACAGCAUUCAAACGGCCGAAUCAUAUUAGCCAUUGUUCGAGAGCACCUGGAUGAUGGCAAACAUAUAAGUCCAAUACCUCAUGGAACUGUGGAACCUUCUUUACAGCGCUUUCCUGUGCCUCCUACGCCUCCAGGGUUUUCUCAACCAGGUCCACCACCUCCUGGAGUGCUAUCGGGUCCUCCCCCUCCUCCUCCUAGAGGUAUUCCAUAUUCGCAUCCGCCUCCGCCUCCUGCUAUGCUCCCAACGAUAAGGCAUCCUCCAAUGACAGCACCCAGGGGCCUUAGUAUUCCUCCACCUCCACCUCCACCCCCGCCUCCGGCUCCUAGACCACAGUUUAAUUCAAGCCAAGCCCACAUCUACAGCGAUGCUGAAUUAUUGGUUGCUCUCACAACAUACGCUGAGUACACGCUUCGACAAGCCGAGCCUGACGAGUCCAGUCUGCUUCGCUCAUGGUUCAAGGUAAUCAUAACCCACGAAUAUAACUCACUUCCCGAUAUAGUCGCUCGCGUGGAUUCCUUCAAUAAACGUGGAAGCUCCGUAAUCAAUUCUCAACUCCGUCUCACAGAUCAACAAGCAAUUCACAUGACCCAGAUCUUGGAAGAUCUUCAAGUAAAAGAACGAGAUUUCAGGUUUGAAUGGUGCUGGGUGGAACUAAGUCUUCACAAUAGUGUAGGAGAAGUGGAUCUCGCUAUGCGCGGUCAAGCAGCCCAAACGGCAACAAUGAUGCAUUUGAUCGCUCGAAGAUCUCUGAAGAGAGAGUAUAAACCAUCUGAGGUUUACAAUUUGCUUGUGCGAGGACCACCACGCCCAGGCUUUAACAACGGUCUUCCUCCACGCCCAGGCCCACCAGUCGGAAUACCAAUGCCUGGACCUCCUCCACCGCCUCCACAGCCACAGCCUGUACCAGGCCGGGGACCUUCAGUCUUUAUUGAUCGCUUCAGACCACGACCGAGAGGCAAUAGGAGAGCUAGAGCUAGAGAUAUGAGUAUGAGUGAUCGUGAUGAUUCAGGUAGCUCAGGGAGUGAUAGUGAUACUACCUAUGAUAGUAGAAUCCGACGAGUGAGAAGAACACGUCGCAAUGAUAGACGUAUGGGCCGGCGUUAUUCCGAUAGUGAAAUCUCGGAUGAUAGCGAUGAAGAAGAAGAUGUCAUUAAAAUUCCGGUUAUCUUGAAAAGGGGCGAUGAUGUGGUUAAGAAGCUUUUGGAUCUUUGGACACCGAAUACGGGGGAUGUCGAAAAGUCAACGGACAGAGUGAGUGAGAGUUCCUAA